UUCUAUAAUCUAAUUAAUUAACAACUGAAAUCGAACGUUUAAGCCCUUAAAAUGAGCAAAAUAAUUGCAGAACAAGUUUGACUUGUUUUAUUUCAGUUUUGUGUUAGUUGUUGUUUGUUUAUGUGGGCUACAGCACCGCAAGCUCGUUAUCAGCGCAACCUGUUUUCUAAAGCUGCAUAAAUUAAGUCAACACUUAGAAUUCACUACAAAAUGGGUCUACUGCGAAAUCUAGUCGACAGAAGCAUCCAGUUCAGUGGCACUGCUAAACAGAUUUGGCAGCCAACUUGCAAUCGCUUGCUACCCUCAAUUUAUAAAAUGUCCACUAAUGCGAAUGUUUCUGUUGCCCCUUCCCAUGAUGCCAAACAGCCAAUACUUUACUCGUAUUGGCGCAGCUCGUGCUCCUGGCGCGUGCGCAUUGCGAUGAAUCUGAAGGAGAUACCCUACGAUAUCAAGCCGAUCAGUUUGAUCAAGUCGGGGGGCGAACAGCAUUGUAAUGAGUACCGCGAGGUCAAUCCAAUGGAGCAGGUGCCGGCGUUGCAAAUCGAUGGGCAUACGUUGAUCGAGUCGGUGGCCAUAAUGCACUAUCUGGAGGAGACACGCCCGCAGCGUCCGCUCUUGCCGCAGGAUGUGCACAAACGGGCGAAGGUGCGCGAGAUCGUCGAGAUCAUUUGCUCGGGCAUACAGCCGCUCCAGAACCUUAUUGUGCUCAUACAUGUAGGUGAGGAAAAGAAAAAAGAGUGGGCACAGCAUUGGAUCACUCGCGGCUUCCGUGCCGUAGAAAAGGCACUGUCCACCUCUGCCGGCAAGUACUGCGUCGGCGACGAGAUUUCUAUGGCCGACUGCUGCCUAGUACCGCAGGUUUUUAAUGCCAGAAGAUUCCACGUGGAUUUGCGCCCCUAUCCCAUCAUUUUGCGCAUCGAUCGCGAGCUCGAGAGCAAUCCGGCCUUCCGAGCUGCCCAUCCCUCCAAUCAGCCGGACUGUCCGCCGGAGCUGCCAAACAAAUAGAAUUUUCCGUCGACAACUGCAAAGCGCCGAAAAACGAAAAAGUGAAUUGCAGUUCGUACAACCAACAAACAAGGAGCAAAGUAAAUUGUGAACUAGGGAAGGAUGACGAAACAGAUUCUGUGGCCUAAUUCUGGCCGGGUAAACAGAAAACUCUGCGCAGCAACAGUCGGAUGUGAUUUAAAAAGAAUUGCUAACAGCAUUUAAAAAUAUUUUGUAAUCUAUGCAUAAAUGCAUAAAAAUAUGUAUUUGAAUAAAAAUAAAAACUUUUGAUUGGAA